ACAUUGCUGCAAAUUUAUUUUCUUUACAACAUGAGAGCAGAAUAUUUUGACUUGGGACAGUUUAUUACUUUCUGUAAUCUGAAAUUACUUCAAAGUGCCACAUGAAUAGUAAUAGAGACUUCAGUUUUUCAUAUGUGCUAUGGGAAUUUUCAGAAAGCAGAUGGUACAAUUUUCCAAUCCACUUGGCUCUGACGUACUUAAAUUAGAAAAUGCCUGGAAGAGAACAAGGAACAUUGUUGUGCUUCUGUGGCAUGGAUCCAUGAAGGAUUAAUGACUUUGGGUGACAUUCACCCCUUUGCAACAAUGUAAUAUAAGCUGCUGUUUAAAUCCCACUUAAGCACUAUUUUGACGGCAUAAGUGGUGCAUAGGCCUUGUGCUAGUCCCUCUGCCCAGGGAGGAAUUUAAUCCUCACAGAAGAGAGGUGAGAGAGAGUCAUCUUAGUACUUUUCUCAUUCCUGAUCGAGAGAGGGGCAAUGCUAUUUCUUCCCUAUGUUUAUGCCACUUAUUUGUGUUUUUUUCUGCCCCAGCUUUUUCAGAAGAAUCGAUGAGGGUUGUUUUUUUUUUUUUUUUUAAAAGCCUCCUAAUUUUAAGUAAAUCUAUAUAUUUUUUUCUACUAGUCCCACCUUGUAAAUGUGUGUGGUUCUUUACAUUUCCCUUCCUUUACUCUUCCACCCAUGGUCUUAUACGUCUAUAAAGCAAAGAUAAAAGAGAGAAUAAAAGAUAACUAUAGAAAUAACUUUUGUUAUGAUCAAAGAAGGAAAAAUGUGAGUUUUGGUAACUUUUUCUUUGCCAGUUUUAUUGAAUAUUUCAUUUUUCCCCACUCCUCUUUCCUUCCCAUCUGAAGCUCUGAAGAUCAUGUAGGUCCAGUUUACAACAAAAAGAAAUGCAGGAAGAAAUAUGUGUUUUAGCUUUGACCGCCACUUCUACAGUGGCACACAAGUUAACAAUUCCAUGAAGCCAAAGCUAGGUUUUUACUAGAUAAGAACCAGAAGCAGGUUUCAGAGUGCUUCAGGCAAAAGAGGCUGGUCCUCUAGUAGUAAUGGAAAUUCUCUUAAUAUAAUCUGAGCAUGUGACACCUACAGUGCCAAUUUCAUGAAGGAAAGUUUAAUUUUUUGAUGUGUCAUGGAACCAUCAAAGAAUCUAUUCUGAUUCAGUAGCGAAGUAUUUUUUUUUUUACAUGACUGUGUUUGCAAUUGGAUUUUUCCCUAUUAGUUACUAGGAAUUGCAGAACAAACUAUGCAUGCAAAACACUCAGAAGAUAUCAGCAUUGACCUAGUUGAUGUAGCAACCAGUGGUUGUGUUGUAAACCUUGGAAUCUACAGCACAGCCAAGGAGACAACCUCCUCCCACCACAGUUUCUAAUAUUGGACUCCUGACUUUAUCAUCAGGAACCCAAACCAGGUUAUUCUUCUAUUGUUAACUCACUUUAAAAGCCCAUCUCCUUUGGUAUGUAAUGGCUUUAAAUACAGUGAUAUUUUAUAUCUACACUGACUAGUUUUUGAGCGUAUUAACAUUUGUAGCACAGAUACAAUGUUCUGAUUUUGUUUCUGCAUUUCAGAAGAUCAAGAAGACAUUUAAUAUAGCAUGUCCUAUUAUUAGAACGACAUGAGGAGAAUAUAUCUCUACAUUAAAUUCUAGUGGGACUGCUCAGUACCAGACACUGGUAACUGAGAAAGAUCAAUAGACAAACAUAUGUAUCCUUUUUCAAAUGUUGCUCUGAUUAUUCUGUGUCUGUGUAACAUUAUAUCAUACAAGCUAAUCAUAUUUUCAUUUUAGUUGGCUAAUAAACUGUGCAUUCAAGAAUAAGUUCUACUGUGAUCUAGCUAUUAUUUUUCCAGUUCCUUUUCAGGGAGUCUUUAAACACAAACUUAUUUUGUGGGGGUGGGGGUCAGGUAACAAAAACCCUGCUACAACAGUACUCACGUUGAAUGGUUUGCUUUGAUGCCAAAAUAACAUUUAUUGUUAUCAGAGGCCAGCUGUCUGCCUUCUCUCUAGGAUUCUAUUUGUGAAGUUUCUACGUCUAUAAAUGGAAACACUAGCUAACCAGAAAUUAUCACCAGCACUGCCUGAUAGAGUUCUGUCUCACAACUUGAAAAGUACAGUGAUAUCUAAUAUGUAGUUAGAUUAAAUCACUUCUACCCAGGAUCUGAGCCUCUUUUUCUGGGACAUGGAGUUAGAAAAGCAUGAAAAAGAAAUCUCGGCAAAACACACCUUAAAGGAGAAGCUGACGCUGCAUCCUACACAUCAUGGACAGCAAUUUGGAAAAAAAGACAUACAAGUCACCCGUCCACUGAGUUUCCUUAGCACAGAACGGGUCCCCUCUGGAGAAUCCGGAACCAAACCUUUGACCUUCACAUUUGUUCCAUCUAUCGGACGACUUCCGACUCACUUUCAGGUUGUAGAUGUCUGUAAACUGCUUGUGAGAUCUUCAGAGGAGCCAAACAAUGAAAGCUGUCAAGAAAUUAUAAAUAGGUCUACCAUAGUCUCUGAUGAUGUGGCCUUAAAAAGUGGAAUCAGGCAAGACAGUGAAUCCACCUAUCACUCAGGCACCAGCCAAAAGAUUUUCCAACCAAAAGAGUAUAAGAUGAGCAAAGGAGACAUUCAGGAGAGUGACCUUUUCAAGGCUGAGUUUGUCUUUAUUACGGACUCUGAUGAAGGAGAUGAAGAGACUGUUUCCAGAAACAGUGUUCAGCAGCCUUCUGUAGGUCAUGGCACUGGGCAUGCGAGAUGCCAACUAUUGGCUACCUCCCACAUUUCUUCUGGUGGUGAGUCCAGCAAACCUCAUGGUGACCUGAAUGUUCCUGAGACACAAUGUGCUGCGCUGUCGCACAGUGCUGCCCGUUCCCCCAAACAACGCCAGUUAACUUCUCCUUCUACUUUUGAUCAUCUUUCUCAUAAACCACCUGCUGCCUGCUUAAUUUCUCCAACUAAACUGAAAGUAGAAUGUGACACUGUUAACCCGAAACAAGCCUCUUCUCUGGAAGAAUCCUAUAACAAGUGGCACUCUGCAGCUAGGUCUUCUAAACAAGAUUCAUCUAUGUGUUUUCAGGCUACUGCUCACAGUUCACCUCUUUACAUGCCCCAGAGAUCCCCAUCUGUAUUAAACAGCCCUUCUUCCAGUACUCAAUUCUCCAAUAACCUUCAAAUGCCAAGUAUUGCUAUGCCUAACUAUGUUUACAAUAUGUCUGAAUUCACAGCAUCAUCUGUUUCAAGCAAGAGUCCAACUCCAGUUUCAUAUUUGCCCAAUUCAGCAGGAAUGCCAGGUUCUCCAGAUCAGCCUGUAUCUCCCUGUUCUUCUGGGAAAUUUAACACAUUUUUUGCCACCCCUGUCCAUAUCACAGCACAUUCAUUAUCACCUAGUCCUAAACCACUGUCCUCCCCAUUUUAUGGUUCCUCCUCAACCAUAUGCAGUGUAAAUGAGCCUUGUAGCAGGAUGUCAUCUCGUGGAAAUCUGCUGAAGUCAGGAAUUAGAUCCCCUCUGCCAACCAGACUCUCCCUUUUAACUGCUAUUCUGAAGUCAGGUCAAUCUCAGCAAAGACCACUCUCCCCUGCAUCCUGUCCCCCUACCUUUUCUCCUAACUCCCUUCACUCCUCAACACUCACAAUAGAUCAAAAGUUUAAAACAAGUCCCCCUACUCCUAAGAAAUCUGCCUCAAGCUUUUCUAUUAAGUCAAACUCUCCAAGCCAAGAGGAACAUUGGCCUUCGCUAUUGUCUCACUCGCCCAUUCAUGUGCCUUUGUCCUCAAAGCCCAUUUCUACUCCUCGGGCUAGAUCCCUUUCCCCUAAAAAGCACCUUCAUGCCAGAACACUUUCUCCUGACUCAUUAUAUCCUCUGUCAUCCACCAUUUCUUCCUACAGGAAAACAGUUGUGUCCCCCCUGUUACAACCCAAAUCAUCUUCAGUGCUGUCCCCUGUCCCAAGACACUCUUCUUCCCUUAACCCUGCACUUUCUCCUACAAAACCAUUGCCUUACCCUGUCCACAAACCCCAAAGGCCUGAAAAGUCCAGGAGAGUCCACACGUACUCACCCACUUUCACUUGUAAAUCAUACCCUUUGUCCUCUCCUGCCAAUGAAAAAGGCAUAUUCUCCCCUAUCCUAGAAAAAUGUUCCUCCUCUUCUCCAAAUCUUAUGCAUUCAACCUAUAAAUCAAAAGCAGGUUCAUCCCAGCUGUCUGCUCAGGAACUGAAUCCUGUCUCCCCUACCCCUUCAAAUGUCUCAGCCCAUUGGUCUUCCUCACCUGCUAAUUCUACAUCGCCUAUUUGCCCACCCUAUAAUAUUCAUUCUCGCUCACCACAACUUAAUUCCUCCUCACUACACCCAAAACAUAGAGUUUAUUCGUCAGCUGCAAGACCUAAGCAGUUGCCCACUAUAUCAGUAACACCAUGUAGAUCUCCUGUCCCAGGCCAGUCACCUUGUACACCGUUGUCAAGAUCCAGGGAGCUGAGUUCACCUAAGUCUUUUUCCCAGCCUUCUGAUCAUGAAAGCCUGAAACGCAAGCAAUACAAGAUCAAGACAAGCUACAAGGCUUUUGCAGCAAUCCCUACAAACACCUUGCUUAUGGAGCAGAAGGCAUUAGAAGAGCCAAUUAAAACAGAAAAAGUGACUGAGGACGCCACUUUGGACACACAUUCGGAGAUGUGCUCUCCUGCCCAGCUCAGGCAACAAACUGAAGAAAUCUGUGCUGCCAUCGAUCAAGUCUUACAGGAUCCCUUGCCUAUGCGCCGGUGUGAAUCUUCUCCAUCUUCCCUGCACACAUCAGUGGAUUCAGAUAUAGGCAAAAUGUCUGCAACACUGCAGAGAGCAGGUGGACGGGAAACCAGAUAUGCUAAUCUUUACUUACUGACACCUACAGUGACAGAGAGUCAACUGACAAAGCCUGGUGUUAUUCGUCCAGGGCCAGUGAAAACAAAAAUCUUAUUAAAAACAGAGGAGCCCUAUCAACCAAACCCUUUCAAAAAAUACCUUGAAGAAACCAGAGAUGCAGAUAUUGAGAAGCCCAGUCAUCCCAUAGUGCCUAUUCCAGAAAACAAAGCACUCAGCUCCAAGGAGUUUCAUUCUGCAGCAGCACCAAGUAAAUCAGAUUUGCCUCCCAUCUGUGAAAGCAAAAAGACAAGCAAAGGAAAACUUCCAGACAGCGAAAGCCCUCUCUGCAGUGAGCGCUUUUCACUCAGAGUGGACGUGGGGGAUGCUCCUGCAAAAACCAGCUAAUAGACUGCCAAUGAGAGAGCUUCUGUCCAGCUGCCAGGCUGUAUUUUGAAGCCUGUUGCAAUGCUGAAAUGAAAUCAAUGCCUCAAAUGGAUUUAAAUGUUGUUGUUUUUUCAAUGUUGCUUCCUUUUGUAUUAACUGCAAUGCAGCAGUUGCACUCAGAGAUGUUUUUAAGAAAUAAUCUAGAAGGUACCAGCGAAAAGAG